AGGAGCUGACAGGCGGCCUAGUACACGCUAGCGCAGCACUGCUAAAGAAGAGGUCGACUGUGCUUACUAAGUUGUCUGCCCCACACCGAACGUUUUCUGCGUCGAUUACCUUGCCUGUUUCAGCGCCUUUUGAUCCUUGGUCGAUGGCUUCGAAGUAUUCAAAGCCAAAGAAGGACGAUGAAAUAUGUGAUGGGACAAUCAAGAUCGGUUUUCCCAACAGCUUCGGAAAGUGCUUCGACGACACAGCAAAGCUAUGCAAGAAAGGAGAGCUGAUCAACGAGUCUGUGAUCUCAUCUCUCGUAGAUUUCCUUCUGUGUCUUGUAGAGUACGUGUUGAACUCAAGCCCGGCAGAGAUAUCUCGAGACACCCUUUGUAACGUCAUCCGAGGAGCGUUUGCCAUCUUGCCCGACAGCAUGACAGAUAUUGGCGACCAGUACCUGAGCCUUGGGUCAUGUCGAUGAGGUCGACAAACAUGUCAUCAUUCAACUACAGGAUGCAAUUCGAUGCGAAAUGGGCACUAACAGCGAUCGUCAAUUCUUUCGUUUCAAUAAUGGCGGCGCAGAAUGCAGACAAAUCGAAUAAAGUCGAGAUCUUGUAC